AUGCAUUCUCAAUCUUCAGGAGGGCAAAAAGUGGAUGGACAGCCAAGUAAAGUCCUGUGGAUAAGUUACCCUCCUCCUGUUCAUGUUGAUGAACAGAUGCUUCACAAUGCCAUGAUUUUAUUUGGUGAGAUUGAAAGAAUUACAUGUUUUGCUGGGAGGAACUACUCAUUCGUUGAAUUCAGAAGUGUAGAUGAAGCACGACUUGCCAAAGAAGGAUUGCAGGGCAAGCUAUUUAAUGAUCCUAGAAUAUUGAUCGAAUUUUCAAGCAGUGAGUUUGCACCAAGCAAAGAUUGUUCUGGAUUCUAUCAGGGAAUUAAAGGGCCGAGGCCGGAUAUGUUUGAUAAUGGACUUCCAUUUCGACCUGCACAGAUGGACAUAUACAAACAUAAUCGCCCCAUGUUACCGAAUUAUUUUCCAGGAUCGUUACCGCCUCGUGGUGUUCAUGGACCUGAUAUGCUGAUGAGGCCUUUGGGUCCGCAAGGUAGCUUUGAGUCUAUACUUCCAGGCCCUGAAUUCAGAGAUUUGGCGACAGUCAAUAAAUUGCAGUUCACUAAUCCCAAUAACGUGAUGAGUGGUCCAAAUUGGAGAAGGUCACCACCCACAGCUGGGAUGCUCCGGUCUCCUUCAGCAGUCAUGAAAUUACCCAGCAGAACCACAUCUAGUGGAUGGGAUGUUUUUGACGCGAACCAACCAGAGAGGGAAUCUAAGAGGCUAAGGACUGAUAGCUCUGGUUAUGAUGCUCCUCAUCCUUUUAGAAAAAUGAAUGACCGGGGCCAGAUCUUGGACCAGUUAUACAAGCUUGCUCCACCUGGCGACGGUGGCAGUUCAGUUCAAAUUGCAACGUUCCAAGGGAAUGAAGGCCUUGGUCCUGUUGAUGCUAGAGUUACAGCUGCUGGCACUGGUCAGGAUCAUGGUCAUGUGUGGCGUGGCAUUAUUGCCAAGGGUGGAACACCUGUUUGUCGUGCUCGUUGUGUUCCCAUGGGAGAAGGGAUCGGGUCUGAAAUGCCUGAGGUUGUUAAUUGCUCAGCUCGAGCUGGGUUGGACAUCCUAACAAAUCACUAUGCUGGUGCUGUUGGAUUUAGUAUUGUGUUCUUUUUACCUGAUAGUGAAGAGGAUUUUGCUUCAUAUACAGAGUUUCUGCGCUACUUGGGCACCAAAAACCGGGCAGGUGUUGCUAAAUUUGAUGAUGGGACCACUUUAUUCUUGGUGCCUCUGUCUGAUUUCCUUACGAAGGUUCUGAAUGUUGCUGGGCCUGAACGUCUUUAUGGGGUGGUUUUUCAUUUCCCAGACCCCAGUGGCUCAUCAAUGAUGUCACAAUCACUUCAGGCUGAUUAUAUUAGUAGGCAGCACACUCCUCCUUCCCAAAGUCAGUACGCUUUUACACCCCAGGAGGGACGAGUUUUACAGGUAGAUUACAAUAGAGUUCCACAUGAGGACCCAAAGCCCCUUUCAAACCCACUUGGUCCUCUGACAAUCAAUUCCAUGAAUCAUGUGCAUCCGGUUCUGCCAGUUACUAGCAUAUCAGUGUCUCAAGCGGGAGUUACUUUGACACCGGAACUCAUUGCCACUCUGUCUUCUUUCUUACCUGCCAAAGAAAAAUUCACUCUUUCAGAAAUUACUAGCAUAUCAGUGUCUCAAGCUGGAGUUACUUUGACACCGGAACUCAUUGCCACUCUGUCUUCUUUCUUACCUGCCAAAGAAAAAUUCUCUCUUUCAGAAAGUGCCCAACCAAUCGUGGGAUCUUCCACAUUGAGGCCUUUAUUAACUUCUACUGCUGUGCCUCAUAACGGAGGAGUUUCAUCUAAGCCAUUGGCUAAUUUUGCAAUCCCAGCGAGUGCACAGUUUGCUGUCUCUCCGCAGCUUGACCAUCAGCAUCAGCAAGUGAUGCUUCAGGAUUCCCAGACGAGCAAUGGGAUGGGCUAUGGUACAGGCGGUUUUACGUUACAGGGUUCAACAGUCCAACAACCCCUUAAUGCUGUUACAUUGCCCAAUGUGGUUCAUGGUUCUAGUUUUUCAGAGCAGCAUACUGUCAUGCCAGUGGUGUCUGACCAAGUCAAUUUGGAUGUCAUGAAUCAGGUGCAACAGCUUCAGUCUGCACCAUAUGGAUCUGAUCAGGGAACAUCAGAAGUUGAGGAUAAGAACGAGCGAUACCGGUCAACGCUGCAACUUGCUGCUAAUCUCCUUUUUCAGAUAAAGCAGCAGCAGCAGCAUCCAGGUGCUCAUCCAGUGCAAGGAUCUGGAAAUCAGUAACCCUUCAUCAAGGUAAUUGCUCACCCCAUUUUACUUUGCUUGUGUUAGAUUAGUCAUCUGAAAUAAGCAUCUCUGUUCUUUUGCUUUUAAACCUAGAGUGACAAUUUAUUUGAAUUUGUGCACAACAGUAAAAAUUAUUUUUUCUCUUCUGCAUGUGGUUCUUUUGAUGUUUAGAUUGAUUUAGGUGGUGGUGCUGGUGGAAAUAGUUAUUUAGAUAUAUACCGACCCUCUGAGAAUUUUCGUAAAAGGUCAUAGAAAUUUGAAGGGCUGUCCUCUUUUGUGAGUUGCUGAGAAAGGAAGGUUCAGUCAUAGAUUCUUACUGUUGAAUGGUUGAUGCAAAUUGUUUGGGCAUUAACAGGUAAGCAUUCCAGCACAUUAUAUUUUUUGGAGAUUUGAAGAUUAGUUGAAGU